AAGCUCUUGAGAGUGCGCGGAGAACAAGGCCAGGAAGUUCUUGUUGGAAGAAUCCAUUCAAGUCUUGGAGCUCAACCAAGAAGUUUGCAGCUGCGGAGAAGGGCGGGGGGUGGGGGGUGGGGGGGGGCGCUAGGGAAGUAGAUGCUGCGCAGUGGAUUACACCGCAAGCUGUUUUUGAGAUUGACAAAACCCCAAGAGAUAAGUCAUACCCACAAUCUAGAGAAGAUCACUAGGAACGCGUUCGUCUCUGCUACAUUGUUGUGGUCAUUUUCUAGAUAGUUUUAUGUCCUAUGUCCCGUCUCCCGUUAGGUGCUAAGCAAGUUGCUGUACGAUUUUAAAAUGUUUUUGGGGCUACACAGUAUUCUGGUAUGCUAAAAGUAUCUGAAACUAGCCCCUAUCUUGGAAUAUUUUGCUUAUCCCAGCCUCCCUUAUGAGUAAUACUGUGGGGCAGGUUUCGUGGUUAAAAUCCUUGCAUUCCCCAUUCAUUUCCCCAGCUCGGUCCUCUGAGUGGGUUGAAAGGUCUGAACCUCUUUAAGGCGUUUAUGCAUACUGCCAGACUGACUUCUGGGAUCGUAACCAGUUUCUGUUCCAACCAGCACUUGGCGUCAGCCGCCUGCAUCCUUGUCCUGUCCCGGGGCUGUUAAGACACUUGCCAAUGUCCUAGAACCCCUGACUUUCGCUGUAACGGUUGGGAGGGUAGGUUCUGGUGUCCGGCAGACCGGGGUCUUGGCCUUGUUUCCUUGUUCUGCCAACUAGGAGCUUCCUCUCUUGAAGAUUAAAUCACCUGGCGAUGGAAGCAGCCUGACCCUUAAGUGGGACUCCUAUGGCCAACGCGGAGGAGGGUCCCCGGCUGCGGUCCUGUGAGGGGGCGGGGCGGGGCGGAGCCGGGCGGCGGCGGCCAGUCACGAGCCAGGGGAGAGGUGACACGUACCGCCACCCCCUCCAGGCGUGCGAGUCUUAAAAGGGCAAAGAAAGGACGCUGGGACGUCCGCCGCGCGCCGGUCCAGACCCACUCAGUUGGGGUCCCCGGUUCCUCGAAGCGUUUGUGAGUGGAAGCGACGGGCAUCGCACCCCUCCCUCACGCCCCUACCCUCCCCCGGCUCCGCCGAGGGCCCCGCACGCCGGCGCGGCCCCUUUAAGAGGCUCGCGGGUCGGCCGCCGGAGGUCGCGGGGUGUCCGGGCCGCCGCGGGCCGCGCUCCCCGCCAUGCGGGCGCUGCGGGCCGGCCUGACCCUGGCGCUGGGCGCGGGGCUGGGCGCGGCGGCCGAGGGCUGGCGGCGGCGGCGGGCGGACGCGCGGGCGGCGCCGGGGCUCCUGGGCCGGCUGCCCGUGCUGCCCGUGGCGGCGGCGGCCGAGCUGCCCGCGGUGCCCGCGAAGCCCGGGGCCCCGGCGGGCGGCGCCCCCGGCGAGCUGGCCAAGUACGGGCUGCCGGGGCUGGCGCAGCUCAAGAGCCGCGAGUCGUACGUGCUGUGCUACGACCCGCGCACCCGCGGCGCGCUCUGGGUGGUCGAGCAGCUGCGGCCCGAGCGGCUCCGCGGCGACGGCGACCGCCGCUCGUGCGACUUCCGCGAGGACGACUCGGUGCACGCGUACCACCGCGCCACCAACGCCGACUACCGCGGCAGCGGCUUCGACCGCGGCCACCUCGCCGCCGCCGCCAACCACCGCUGGAGCCAGAAGGCCAUGGACGAUACCUUCUACCUGAGCAACGUCGCGCCCCAGGUGCCCCACCUCAACCAGAAUGCCUGGAAUAAUCUGGAAAAGUACAGCCGCAGCUUGACCUGCACCUACCAAAAUGUCUACGUGUGCACAGGACCACUCUUCCUGCCCAGGACGGAGGCUGACGGGAAGUCCUACGUGAAGUACCAGGUCAUCGGGAAGAACCACGUGGCAGUGCCCACCCACUUCUUCAAGGUGCUGAUCCUGGAGGCAGCAGGCGGGCAGAUCGAGCUCCGCUCCUACGUGAUGCCCAACGCGCCUGUGGACGAGGCCGUGCCGCUGGAGCGCUUCCUGGUGCCCAUCGAGAGCAUCGAGCGGGCCUCGGGGCUGCUCUUCGUGCCAAACAUUCUGGCCCGGGCAGGCAGCCUGAAGGCCAUCAGUGCGGGCAGCAAGUGAAGGCCGCAACCCUGCCAGACUUUGGGAACCGGGCUGCAUUAACAUUAAAGGUGGUGAUUUUUGGA